AAUCACCUCAUCCUAUAUCUAUCUUUCUCGCUCUUUUCAUUUCCAACAAAGAGAGCCUUUAAAACCCAGAUACCCAACAACCCUCGUCACCGCAGUCAGGAGCUCCCAAGAAGGAAGACUAUGGCAAACCACAGGAUCUCUCUGCCUCUCCUGUUUCUACUACUUUCUCUCUCUGCCAAUCAUUACUCAACUACUGCAGAAGCAAGAACACUUCCCUUCUCAUCUACUCACCUCCUAAGAUCUUCAAAGAUUUUUGCAACUCUGGGAGUCGUUUGUAAGUGCUGCGACAACAGAGAGGGUGAGAAUGGUGAAUGCGCAAGCUCCUGGGAAGGGUCUUGUAGCGAUGUCCAGUGCCUUCCCUGGAGAAGUGGGAAGCAGCAUCCUCUGCCAACAGCCGGCUAAAUCUUGGUUUCCGUCCGUCUCCAUGGCUUUGCUUGUACAUAUAGAAGACGGCAAGUUUUGUAAAAUCAAUUCCCCCCCACAGCUGUUGGUAGGUUAGAAUGCCUUCUCAGUAUCUCCUAAUCGCGCGGUGUGUUAACCAAUUUGCAUCCUUGAGUACAAAAUCGGUGUUGAUGAUGCGGGCUUGCUGGCGGCGUUGGCAAAUGUUAUUCAACGAUGCUUAAACAUAGUUUGCCCAUUAUGUUGUUGACAAAAGGAGAAAUUCCUAUCCAAACCCCUCUUGGUUUCUCAACAGUGUAUUUUCCUGAGGAAUUAUAAGUUGACUUGGCCAAUUUCUUUAGCAAGUAAACGGGAAGAAGGGUCAAUUGCUUCGCAUGGUACAAAUCAAGCCAAGUUGUAACAUAACAUGCAUCAGCACAUAAAUGUUACUUCUAGGU